AUCCGUGCCUGGGGCCCCGCCAUUGGAUGCUCUCAGCUUUCUGGGAGACGGCUCAAUUCGAAUGACGACAACCGCCCAUUCAUUCUGUCGCAACCAGCAAGCCACAACCUUUGAUCUCGUCGCGAAUACCUCCCGACAACCUAUCGAGCGCCCGUAAAAUUCGGCGAUCGAGCGGCAGAAGUGGUCAACAUGUCCGGACUGAGAAUAUUAGUGCCCAUCAAGCGGGUCAUCGACUAUGCAGUCAAGCCGCGGGUGAACAAGGCGCAGACGGGCGUCGAGCUGGCCGGGGUCAAGCACAGCAUGAACCCGUUCGACGAGCUCUCGGUUGAGGAGGCGGUGCGGCUGCGGGAGCGCAAGGCCGGGCCGGCGGGGGUGGAGGACAUAUGCGUCAUCUCGGCGGGGCCCGCAAAGGCGCAGGAGACGCUCCGGACGGCCAUGGCCAUGGGCGCGGACCGGGCGGUGCACGUCGAGACGGCCGAGGACGCGCCGGCGCUCGAGCCGCUGUCGGUGGCCAAGCUGCUCAAGAGGGCGGCCGAGGACCACAAGAGCAACCUGGUGAUACUCGGCAAGCAGAGCAUCGACGACGACUCGGCCCAGACGGGGCCCAUGCUUGCCGCGCUCCUGGGCUGGCCGCAGGCGACGCAGGCGUCAAAGGUGGAGGUCGGAAGCGACGGCAGCGUCAGCGUGACGUGCGAGGUGGACGGCGGCGUCGAGACGGUGCGCGCGCGGCUGCCCAUGGUGGUCACGACGGACCUGCGGCUCAACGAACCGCGCUACGCGAGCCUGCCCAACAUCAUGAAGGCCAAGAAGAAGCCGCUCGAGAAGAAGGCGCUGGCCGACUACGGCGUCUCGGCCGAGAGCAGGCUCAAGGUCGUCAAGGUCACCGAACCACCUCCGAGACAGGGCGGAGGAAAGGUCGAGGACGUCGGCGGCCUCGUCGCAAAGCUGAAGGAGCUUGGUGCAUUAUAAAGCCUUGGCGGUAGAAUGUGUGCUUUUGUUGCAUGUCAUGCACAGCAGCAGCAGCCACUAGCCAUGUUGCCCAUAGAACUGUAUGUCUAGAGGGGUAUGUAGACGUGUCGUCGUCGGAAGACUAUACAAAAUAGAGUGUUUGCUACAAGCCCUACCGAGGCUAGGAAGAACGCUGGCUCUCUACGCCGCUACCUACCUAGGUAGCUCACUUGGUCACAUUGCUGGUCCC